CGGGCCACGAUAGCUAACACAAUCUUCCGGUACCGGUCGUCGUCGUUGUGAUACAGCUGGCACCGACGCUUCUUAGCUUGCUCAGCCAGACGGAAAAGGGGUGAAACACACUGCACAGUGCAAAGAACAAAGGCAAGCUGGUAAGAAGAAGAAAAAACAACGAACGGGGUAAACAAUUGUCAAAGCAAAAGCUCACCCACUCGAUGUUCUGGUUCAACAUGUUCACUCGCUAAAAUUAUCAAAACAGCAUCUCAAACCUCCGUGGAAGACGCGAGGUGCAAAAGGACACACUGCGUGCCUCAGUAGAGUAAAAAAAAAAGAGGACACAGCAACACAGCGUGCAAGGAGAGACACACACAUACAAGGGGUAGCAUGUUUUUCAUUUCACCGCCUGCUCACGGGUGUGGAAAAACGACAGGCAACCUACGGCAGCAGCAGCAGCAGCAGCAGGAACAACGGUCGUGAUUCCGGGGAUUCCCUGUUCCGUCCUACCAGCUGGCGUGAACCCAUCCUGUUUUUCGGGUGGGAGUUUUUCCAACACACUCGCACACACACACGCGCGCGUGGAAAAAUGUGUCCCAACGCAGACAGGCGUGAAAAGCACCGGGCAAGGGAUGCUCUCGAUGUCGUGCUCGAGGUGGCAUAGAGCGGGUGACUUGUUGGGAGUGGAAAAAAAGGGAACGCAAUAGAGCCGACGUAUUUGCUCCCGCUACAGGACGCCUUUCUAAUCGGGUAAAAUAUCUCCCGGCUUCCCGGCAGCCGCCAGUGCGCUAGGUCAAACGAGCAUAACCUUUACCGGGAGUUGCACUGCACACUACACACUACGUGUGCCGUUCGGCGCAUUCAGCUUACCCAACGCUGCCAACGCUGAACUUUGGACCGUUUUGGACCAGCGCGUUAAACACGUAAUAAUUUUCUUGGACGCGCAGGCGGACGUCUUUUCAGUGCAGAACGGUGUGAAGCACGUGCCGAUAGAUCCGUAGCAAGAAGUCAAGCCCUCGGGGCGGCACCAGGCACACUCGCUCUUGGAGCUUCGAACCUUUGCAGACGAACGGUAGCAGUCGUGCUGCUACGUGCUAGAUCGGCAGCCGGACGGCAGGGAGAGGGAGUAAAAAACACCAAUUUUUGGGGCAAAGGAAGGAAGCGUUUCCCGCACACUUGUGAAGUGAAAAUUGCAGUGAAGUGGAAAACGGUGUCCACCGUCCGCAGCAAGACGCGGUCAAGUGCGAGCGCCAGAAGCCAGUGGCAAAACAGUGUGAAGUCAAGAGGAUAGACGGCCUGCGUGAAGUGUCGUUGUUGGUUGAAGCACCUUUCCCCGCAAAGGUGGUACCAGAACGGACUGUUUUCCUUCUUCGUUGCAUCGCGUUCGCUCGCUCGGAAGGGAUAAUCAGUAAAACCAAUAAACAAAACAUGUCCCGGCGGUUAAGGCAGCAUUUCCGUUCGAUCCAGUGAGAAGGUGUGCCGGAAGCGAGCGCCACCCGCCACACGCACACCUACGGCGUGUCAGUGUCAGUGCAGUGAAGUGUAUUUUGUAUUCAUUUCAUUUCUUCGUUCGGUGCAGGACGGGAAGGAGAGUGGUUUUUGUGUGAGUGUGAUGUGUCGUGUCGUGGUCGGUGAAAAACAUCCCCAACAUCCGACCGAGCAACAGCAGCAGCGGCAGCAGCUGACUGACUGAGCGCAAAACACUGCGUGUCGAUUUAUUUGCCAUCCAAGUGUGUGUGUGAUUGUGCUUGGAGAGCGGAAGGUUGGAAAUUCGAAACCAGAAAAUCCAGGUUGGUGUUCUGGCGCGCGCUCCGUGCAUGCCAGUGUGUCCGCAGGAAGCGCACGAAACGACGACUGUACGAUGAGCGGCUACCAGCAGCAAGGAAAAUCGCGCCACUAUCCGAGAUACUCGCUCAACAGCUCGGACAACGAGGACAGUCCGAUCCAUCGGUCAAUCUACGCCCAGCCGUACAACGCCAUCGGCACGGCCGAAAGACAAUCAAAUUUCACUUACCGCACCGCCAAGGGCGGCAACGUGCCCGGGGCGAUCGGCCCGGCCGCCACCACAGUCAAUCCGCUCACCCUCAACACACCCUCGUCCGAGAACGGUUCCAGUGCGACGCUGACCGACGCGGAAGCUUCGCUCGCCCGGGAAAACACGCUGCUCGUCAAUAACGGCUGUCUCCUGGACGGAGUUCCGCCUUCAGCUCCACCGGAUGUACCACCGCGCAAUCCAACCAUGAAUCGAAUGAAUGGACGCGUCACCGGCAAUCCUACCGAGCUGGGUGUAGACUUCGAACCGUCGUGUCUGGUCCGGACGCCGUCCGGCAACGUUUACAUUCCGAGCGGAAAUUUAGCAAUUAACAACAAAGGCUCACCGAUAGACUACAAGACCGGGUCCGCCUGCUCGACACCGACGAAGGACACGCUGAAAAGCUACGAUCGCAACUGCAUGGGUCCGGUACUGCCGCCCCGCAGCACGAUGUGCGGACCGCCGGCCCACCACUACUCGGCCCCGCUCAACUUCCGCAAGGGCUUCACCUUCACCAAAUGUACAUGGAAGUGUACCGCUAUCUUAGUGAUACUAUUAAGUGUUAUACUCGUUAUAACAUUAUUAUUAACAGCAUCUAACGUUUUAAGUAUAUCAUAUCCAACCACCAACCCCUGUACAGUUCUAGUCGACGAGAAGGCAGAAAUCUCCGCAGCCAAAAGCACGAUAGCGGACGCGAACCGGGCCGGCAUACCGGGCGGCGGCGGUGACGGCCUCGGCCUCGACCAGUCCGCCCUGGCGCCGUCCGCUUCCGGUCGGCCGAAAUCGAUCGCGGCCGAUGAAUCGUCCCCCGGCGGUUCGGCGUCCGGUUCGUCCUCGCUAUCGGCCGCCUCGACGGCAGCGACCGGCAAGGCAGCUGGUACCGGCGGCACGGCAGGCACAGGUACAGUACCCGAUAAGCAGACUGUUGCAUCCCUUCGUUCGGUAGAGUUGUUGCACGCAGUAGCUGAUAGUGGUGACGGUAGAGGUAGUGGUGGUGGUAGUGGUAGUAGCAGCACGAUGGUUGUAGUUAAGCGUUCCCGCCGUCAGGCACCGGGUGACAUCGUCACCGGAACUGACACCACCGCCAGCAGCACUGACCGCAACGGCGACCGGGCUGAUGAUAACGAUUUGUUGCAUGCUUCGGUGGGCACUGUUGAGCUCGUAGCGCUUCCUUCCACCCCCGUCUUCGAUCAGUACGGGGAGCUGGACGAUCCUCCAGAAUCUCCUGCCACGGCUAAUUUGCUUGUGGAAACGGCUGUCAACAGUGAAACCGUUUACGAUGGACGGGACGGUGAUGGGCUUUCGGUCGGCGGUGAAGACAUCAGCCUCCCACCGGAAGAUAAUGGCACUUUUAUCACUAAUGAUAAUGACUUGUCUCCUGUUGGUGCGCCGGUGGAGUCUUCCACGGAGCAAGCUAUUAUUGACGCACGACCGACGACCGAGGAUGAGAAAUGGGCCAACGAUGACCCAUCGGCUGCGGUGGUGUACGCGCACGUACCGCUAGACCAGUCCGAGGUAGCGCUGGUAAGCCUCGAGGAUGGUCUGGAGCUGGGCAGGGAGCGUGAUAAGCACUACUACAAAACCAUCGAACAGGUGGCGAUCAAAGCGGGCGAUGAUGAUGACGGUGAUGCAUCGAAGCUUCAGGAAGAGGUAAGAAUUCACACACUCCCCCCGUCGGUGGUUCCGGUGCAGCCAACGGCCGUGCCGGUGUACCUUAUCAACGAACCAAACGGUACGUCAUCUUCCCGCGAAGAUGCCUCAAACGGAGCUCAAGAGGAGCUGCCCCGACUGCUGGUAAACAUUUCCAUCGCCACCGAUCACGGCUCGGGCACCGUGCAGCACUCCGUCUACGUCCUGCAGGUGUCUAUCCCAACACCGCCGGAACAUAUGCCACGACCCCCGGUAGAGUCUCCAGAGUCACCACCACCACCGGCGAACUUGGCUGUUCCGCCCCCCGUACAGUGUCCACCGGAACCACCGCCAGCACCACCCUGCCCAAUCAAAUGUCCCUCGGAUUCGGCUUUCGCUCGCUAUCGCGUCGUCGCCGUACCGGUCGAGGACGAUAGCGAGUUUGUCGAGAUUGAUGAGGAUGGUUUGGAGGGCGAGUUGGUGGAUACCGGACUGGGUGAACCAUCAUCCACCGAGCCGCCCGAAGCGCUCACGGAAGCCAACGAUGGUUUGACGCAAGAAUUUACCACAGCCCAACGGCUGCCUGAACUUACUGCUGAUGAGCAGGAGGAGGGGAAGCAUGAUGAUGACGAAGCUACUACUAGCUCCAGCCUCAGUAGCGUAGUAGCGUCGACCACAUCCGCAGCGCAAUGUCCCGAGGUAACGCCACCGCCCAUUCUCAUCCUGGAAGGUGCAAGAACGUUCCCGGCGCGAAGCUUCCCACCGGACGGUACCACCUUCUCGCAGAUCACGCUCGGCCAGCGGCUGUCGAAGGAGAUCCCACCGUACAGCUACUGGAACAUGCAGUUCUACCAGUCGGAGCCGGCGUACGUCAAGUUCGAUUACAGCAUCCCCCGGGGCGCCUCGAUAGGUGUGUACGCGCGCCGCAACGCCCUGCCGACGCACACGCAGUAUCACUUCAAAGAGGUCCUGAGCGGAUUCAAUGCGCGCCAGACACGUGCCACUCACCCAUCGAUGCGUCGAGAGGUCACCCGCUACAUGGAGCCGGGCCACUGGUUCCUGUCAAUCUACAACGACGAUGGUGACGCGCAGGAGAUUGCGUUCUACGCGGUCGUCGCGGAGGAUAUGACCCAGAACUGCCCGAACGGCUGCUCCGGCAAUGGUCAGUGUCUGCUCGGACACUGCCAGUGCAAUCCCGGCUUCGGUGGCGACGAUUGCAGUGAGAGCGUCUGUCCCGUCCUGUGCUCGCAGCGUGGCGAAUACAUUAACGGCGAAUGUCAGUGCAAUCCGGGCUGGAAGGGCAAGGAGUGCUCGCUGCGUCACGAUGAGUGCGAAGUGCCGGACUGCAAUGGCCACGGACACUGCGUCAGCGGCAAGUGCGGCUGUGUGCGCGGCUACAAGGGCAAAUACUGUGAAGAAGUUGACUGUCCCCAUCCGACCUGUACCGGGCAUGGGUUCUGUGCCGAGGGUACCUGCAUCUGCAAGAAGGGCUGGAAGGGCCCGGACUGUGCCACGAUGGACCAGGACGCACUGCAAUGUCUGCCCGACUGCUCCGGCCACGGUACGUUCGAUCUGGACACGCAAACCUGCACCUGCGAGCCCAAGUGGAGCGGUGAGGAUUGCUCCAAGGAGCUGUGCGAUCUGAACUGUGGCCAGCACGGGCGAUGCGUCGGCGAGACGUGCAGCUGUGAUGCCGGAUGGGGCGGCGAGUACUGCAACAACAAGCUGUGCGACCCACGGUGCAACGAGCAUGGCCAGUGCAAGAACGGAACCUGCCUGUGCGUGACCGGAUGGAACGGGAAGCACUGCACACUGGAAGGAUGUCCGAGCGGCUGCUCCCAGCACGGCCAGUGUCAUGUGAGUGGCGAGCUGAUGUGGGAAUGUCGCUGCUACGAGGGCUGGGACGGUGCCGACUGUUCGGUACCGCUCGAACAAAACUGUGGCGACAAUAAGGAUAACGAUCGUGAUGGCCUAGUCGACUGUGAAGAUCCGGAGUGCUGCGGCAGUCACUCGUGCAAAACGAGCCAACUGUGCGUGUCCGCCCCGAAACCGAUCGACGUGCUGCUGCGCAAGCAACCGCCCGCCAUUACCGCCUCCUUCUUCGAGCGCAUGAAGUUCCUGAUCGACGAGGGUAGCCUGCAGAACUACGCCAAGCUGGAAACGUUCAACGAAAGCGUUUUUUGGAAUCAUUUUAAUGCAAGCCGUUCCGCCGUCAUACGUGGGCGCGUAGUUACCUCGCUCAACAUGGGACUGGUCGGAGUGCGUGUCAGCACCUCGACCCCGCUGGAAGGCUUCACCCUAACCCGGGACGAUGGGUGGUUCGAUCUGAUGGUGAACGGUGGCGGUGCUAUCACGCUCCAGUUUGGCCGCUCGCCCUUCCGACCGCAGACGCGCAUCGUUCAGGUACCCUGGAAUGAGGUCGUCAUCAUCGACACGGUUGUGAUGUCCACCUCGGACGACAAAUCGCACCAUGGGCCACCGCACACUUGCUUUUCGCACGACUACGAUCUCAUGAAGCCGGUUGUGUUGGCCACGUGGAAGCAUGGAUUCCAGGGAGCUUGCCCUGAUCGUAGUGCCAUUUUGGCAGAGUCGCAAGUCAUCCAGGAAUCGCUCGCCAUCCCCGGAACUGGGCUAAACCUUGUCUACCAUAGCUCCCGUGCGGCUGGCUAUCUGUCGACGAUUAAGCUGCAGCUCACACCGGACGUGAUCCCGCCGACCCUGAAGCUCAUCUAUCUGCGCAUCACUAUCGAGGGCAUUCUGUUCGAGCGUGUGUUUGAAGCGGACCCGGGCAUUAAGUUCACCUACCCCUGGAAUCGGCUCAACAUCUACCGGCAGCGUGUGUACGGCAUCACGACUGCGGUCGUUAAGGUGGGCUACCAGUACACCGACUGCAAGGACGUGGUGUGGGACGUGCAGACGACGAAGCUGAGCGGGCACGACAUGAGCAUCUCGGAGGUGGGAGGCUGGAACCUGGACAUUCACCAUCGGUACAACUUCCACGAGGGCAUCCUGCAGAAGGGCGAUGGGUCGAACAUUUACCUGAAGCACAAGCCGCGCGUUAUACUGACCGCGAUGGGCGAUGGACAUCAGCGACCGCUCGAGUGUGGUGAUUGCAAUGGUGUGGCGACGAAGCAGCGACUGCUGGCGCCGGUUGCGCUAGCGGCAGCCCCGGACGGCAGUCUUUACGUUGGGGACUUUAACUACAUCCGACGGAUCAUGAUCGACGGUACGGUACGGACGGUGGUGAAGCUGAAUGCGACGCGCGUCUCUUACCGCUAUCAUAUGGCGUUGAGUCCGCUGGAUGGAUCGCUGUACGUUUCGGACCCCGAGUCGCAUCAGAUCAUCAAGGUGCGCAACAAGGACGAUACGCACGAUCCCGAUCACAACUGGGAGCCGGUGGUGGGCAGUGGCGAACGCUGUCUUCCCGGCGACGAAGCUCACUGUGGAGAUGGCGGGCUGGCACGAGAUGCGAAGCUUGCCUAUCCGAAGGGUGUGGCGAUAUCGUCAGACAACAUUCUGUACUUUGCCGAUGGUACGAACAUUCGCAUGGUGGAUCGUGAUGGUGUGAUCAGCACACUGAUCGGCAACCAUAUGCACAAAUCCCACUGGAAGCCAGUCCCGUGUGAGGGUACUCUAAAGAUUGAGGAGAUGCAUCUGCGUUGGCCGACAGAACUGACGAUCAAUCCGCUGGAUGAUACGCUGCACAUAAUCGACGAUCAUAUGAUCCUGCGAAUGACACCGGACGGUCGAGUUAGAGUCAUUGCUGGAAGGCCGAUGCACUGUGCCACUGCUGGUGGAUCCGGCACGGGUGUUAGCACGGGUGUAAGUGGAGCCUCCUCUGUUGCUUCGCUCAGCUACGACACAGAUCUUGCGAUCCACGCAACACUCGUUAUGCCGCAGAGCAUUGCCUUUGCUCCUUCUGGUGAUCUUUACGUGGCGGAAAGUGACUCUCAGCGCAUCAACCGUAUCCGCGUGAUCGGAACAGACGGGAAGAUAUCUCCAUACGCCGGUGCAGAGUCAAAGUGUAACUGUCUCGAGCGAGGAUGCGAUUGCUAUGAAGCCGACCACUACCUAGCGAUCAGUGCGAAGUUUAACACAAUCUCUGCCAUUACUGUGACACCAGACGGACAUGUUCACAUCGCGGAUCAGGCCAACUAUCGCAUCCGCUCCGUUAUUUCAAGUCUUCCGGAAGCGGGAACCUCCAAGGAGUACGAGAUCUACGCCCCGAACGCACAGGAGAUCUACGUCUUCAAUCGCUUCGGGCAGCACAUCGCAACCAAGAACAUCAUGACGGGCGAGACGGUGUACAGCUUCCUGUACAACGUGAACACCUCGAACGGCAAGCUGAGCACGGUGACGGAUGCGGCGGGAAAUAAGGUGUUCCUGCUGCGCGACUACACCUCCCAGGUGAACUCGAUCGAGAACACCAAGGGUCAAAAGUGUCGGCUGCGCAUGACGCGCAUGAAGAUGCUGCACGAGCUAAACACACCGGACAACUACAACGUCACGUUUGAGUACCACGGGCCUACUGGGCUGCUGAAGACGAAGCUUGAUUCGACUGGUCGUUCGUACGUGUACAAUUACGAUGAGUUUGGAAGGCUAACGUCGGCGGUGACGCCCACUGGCAAGGUGAUUGAUCUGACGUUUGAUCUGAGCGUGCAGGGCGCCACCGUGAAGGUGACGGAGAACUCGCAGCGCGAAGUGUCGAUGCUGAUCCAGGGCUCGUCGGUGGUGUCGAAGGUGGGAGAAGCGGCUACCAAGACGACGGUAAUGCUCGACGGUGGUACUACGAGCGUUUCCCCCUGGGGUAACGCCGUGUCGGUUGAGUCUGUCCCGUACGUACUGCUUGCGGAAGUUGAUCCACUUCUCGGUGAAAGCUACCCGGUACCCUCGAAACAACGCACAGAGAUCAAUGGUGAUCUUUCGAAUCGCUUCGAGUGGCGUUACUUCAUCCGCCAUGUACCGGUGAGGGGCAAGAAUGCACGCACACUCACACAGGUUGGAAGGAAGUUGCGCGUAAACGGAGAAAACCUGCUCACGUUUGAGUACGAGAAGGAUACAUCCUCGAUCACAGUCUCCGUGGACGAUAAGACCGAGCUGCUGAACGUUACGUACGAUAAGUCAUCGCGCCCGAUCGCGUACAGACCACAGUCGGGCGAGUACGCGGACGUCGAUCUGGAGUACGAUCGGUUCGGCCGGUUGAUCUCGUGGAAGUGGGGCAACCUGAAGGAGGAGUACACGUUCGAUCGGGCCGGUCGGCUGAACGAGAUCAAGUACGGUGACGGCAGCUCGAUCGUGUACGCGUUCAAGGACACGUUCAGUAGUUUGCCGCUCAAGGUGACGACACCGCGCCGGUCGGACUAUCUGCUGCAGUACGAUGAUGCGGGUGCGCUACAAUCCCUCACGACUCCACGCGGACACAUUCACGCGUUCUCGCUGCAAACUUCGCUCGGGUUCUUCAAGUAUCAGUACUAUUCGCCGAUCAAUCGACAUCCGUUUGAGAUUUUGUACAGCGAUGAGGGACAGAUACUGGCGAAGAUUCAUCCACAUCAGAGCGGGAAGGUGGCGUUCGUGCAUGACAGUGCUGGAAGGUUGGAGACGAUCCUGGCCGGGUUGUCCUCCACGCAGUACACGUACCAGGAGAGCACGAGUCUGGUGAAGCAAGUGGAGGUGCUCGAGCCUGGAUUUGAGUUGCGGCGCGAGUUCAAGUACCAUGCCGGGGUGUUGAAGGACGAGAAGCUGAAGUUUGGCUCGAAGAGUGGACUGGCGUCGGCACACUUCAAGUAUCAGUACGAUGGCAAUGCCAGGCUCAGUGGCAUCGAGAUGGAUGUGAACGGGAAGGAGCUGCCGAUCGUGAGGUUCAAGUACGGGCCGGCUCAAGGUACGCUGGAUGCGGUGAGCGAUCUGCGCAUCACCCGCAACGCCUUCAAUCGUACCGUGGUGCAGGACACCUCGAAACAAUUCUUCACGAUUACUGACUUUGACGAGCAUGGCCGGGUGAAGAGUGUGCUGAUCAACAUCAAGUCGUUUGAUGUGUACCGGCUGGAGCUGGAUUACGAUCUGCGGAACCGUAUCCGCACGCACAAGGUGAUGGUGGGCCGGUCGACUUCCCUCGACAAGGUGAACUACAACGCGGACGGGCACGUGAUGGAAGUAGUUGGCACGAACAGCUGGAAGUACGUGUACGAUGAGAAUGGUAACAUCAUUGGCAUUCUGGAGCAGGGUGAUAAGACGAAUCUCGGCUACGAUACGGGUGAUCGGGUGGUGCAGGUUGGAGAUGUUGAGUUCAAUAGCUACGAUGCACGUGGAUACGUAGUGCGCCGAGGUGAGCAGAAGUAUCGCUACAACAACCGGGGUCAGUUGAUCCAUGCGAUGGAGCGCGAUCGGUUCCAGACGUGGUACUUCUACGAUGAUCUCGGCCGGCUGGUGGCGUGCCACGAUGAGAAGGGCAAUGUGACGCAGUACUUCUACGCGAAUCUGAACGCACCGGAGCUGAUCACGCACAUCCACUACCCGAAGGCGGGCCGUACAUCUAGACUGCUGUACGACGAUCGGCACAUGUUGAUCGCCAUCGAGACGGGUGAUCAGCGGUACUACGUGGCUACGGAUCAGAACGGUUCACCGAUUGCACUGUUCGAUGUCGGUGGUGCGAUCGUGAAGGAGAUCCGCCGCACUCCGUUCGGCAAGAUUGUGAAGGACACCAAUCCGGGACUGUUCGUGCCGAUUGAUUUCCACGGUGGACUGCUCGAUCCCAACACGCGGCUAGUGUACAUGGAGCAGCGGCUGUACGAUACGGGCGUGGGCCAGUGGAUGACACCAGCCUGGGAGCAGCUGGCGACGGAGAUGCGCCACCCGACGGACGUGUUUAUCUACCGGUUCCACAACAAUGAUCCGAUCAAUCGGCGCGAACCGGAGGGUAACUACAUGAACGAUCUGCGCUCCUGGCUGAAGCUGUUCGGGUACGACGUGACGAAGAUGCAGGGAUCGCGGUACACGCGGGACAUGAUCUACCGGCCGACGGCCACGAUCAAGUCGCCCCAGCUGGCGCCCGACUUUGGCGUCAUGUCCGGGCUGCAGUGCAUCGUGGAGAAGGUGGACGAGAAGUUUGCCGACUUUGGGUUCAUCCCGAAGCCGCUGCUGAAGAUGGAGCUGAAGACGCGCAACUUGCUGCCGCGCGUUGCCUAUCGGCGCGGCGUGUUCGGCGAGGGUGUGCUGAUCUCGCGCAUCGAUGGCCGGGCGCUGGUGAGCGUGGUGGACGGUUCGAACAGCGUGGUGCAGGACGUGGUGUCGUCCGUGUUCAACAACUCCCACUUCCUCGAUCUGCACUUCAGCAUCCACGAUCAGGACGUGUUCUACUUCGUGAAGGACAACGUGAUGAAGCUGCGCGAUGAUACGGAGGAGUUGCGCCGGCUUGGCGGUAUGUUUAACAUUUCCGCGCACGAAAUCAACGAUCAUGGUGGAGCGAAUGGGAAGGAACUGCGUCUGCACGGUCCGGAUGCGGUCGUGAUCAUCAAGUACGGAGUUGAUCCUGAGCAGGAGCGUCAUCGAAUUUUGAAGCACGCGCACAAACGGGCGGUCGAGCGGGCGUGGGAGCUGGAGAAGCAGCUGGUAGCGGCCGGAUUCCAGGGCCGUGGCGAUUGGACGGAGGAAGAGAAGGAGGAGCUGAUCUCGCACGGCGAUGUGGACGGAUGGAUCGGGGUGGACAUACACAGCAUCCACAAGUAUCCGCAGCUGGCGGACGAUCCGGGCAAUGUGGCGUUCCAGCGGGACUCGAAGCGGAAGCGCCGAAAGAGCGGUGGAACUUCUAGCGGUGGUGGCGGCGGUGGUCAUAAGGCAAAGCGAGAGCAUCGUCACGAGACGAUCAUACUGCCAUUGUCGGUGGCGUCCGUUGCACCAUCGACUUCCGUGCCGACUUCUUCCAUGUCGUCCGCUACGUCAACGUCAGCGUCAGCGCCUGCUUCCUCCUCGGUAGCAUCGUCAGCGUCAGCGGCGUCAUCGUCGGCGCCUACUUCCGCGUCCUCGGUGCCAUCUUCGGUGCCGGCCGUCGUAGUGACGUCAGCCUCGGCAGCAACGGUACGGCCGAGCGCCUCCACGUGAAGCCCCUAGGUGAGGGGGGUUCGUCGUCUGCUUCCCGCAGCAUAGGAUGUUCUAGAUAUUGUGAUAUACAUAGGAGUUACUUUCCGUUUUGCGCCGUACUUUUCGGUUUACCCCGUCAGUGUGUGUGUGUGUAUGUAUGUAUGUGUAUGUUUCUUACGUUUUAUGGAGCAUGUUUUGUAAGAUCGCGCUAAUCGUUGUGUAAAAGUGUAGGCAGAACAAACAAAAAAUCAAAUCCCCCAAUGUCUCCCCUUUCUGGAAGAUUCGGAGAUCACGUAUCACACGUAACACACAGAGCGAUGGAUGACACUCACACAGUGGCACUGAUCAUCUCACGAUCAUCGAUCGAUUUGCUUUUUUUAGAGAGAGAAAGAGACGCCAUUCCUUCACAGUGACACAUUGACUAGUAGAGGCGUUACAUAACGUAACGUUACGUUUAGCAGCGCAUAUUGAGAUGUAUAGCUAUAGAUAAUUAACACACACACACACACCAACAGACACUUACUACCCAUCGUGCGGUAGGAUCAUUUAGAGCACUUGAGAAUCUCAACCACGACGUGGCACAAGCAGCGAACGUUGAAUUUCUUUUUAAUCGUCUCAUAAAACAGUAGAUGGAGUGUUUUAAAGACUGCGAUGUUUCACUGCGCUGCAGGGUUACUCGCUCGCUCGCUAGGUUUCUCUCUCUUUAUCUCUUUUUCCUGCCCAAUCCUUGAGAAGCGCAAUAAACGUCGGAUGGAAGCGCCGCUAGUACCGUGUUUGCCGUGCCAUAAUUGUACCCGUUCCAUUUGCAGAGAGAGAGAAAACACACACACAAUCACAGAAAGCAUUGUAUAAGUAUUUGGCGCGCUAACGUCCACGUUGGGCCUCUCAGCGGGAGGUUUGGGAGCUCCAAACGAGAAAUUCGGAACGAUUGUACAGACUUGCAUAGACUAUUUACUACAAUUGUAAAACCGUAAGCACACGCCAUAGCAAAGGAACAGGGCUUUAGGGGGUUUGCUUUUGUUUCAUUGUCAAACUCAUCGUCUAAUGAAAUCAAUGAAAUCACACACAACACGCUGCACACAACUUCACUCGUUUCUUUCGUUUUCUCUAUUAGCUAAUCUCUCUCUGUAGCGCCUCAUACAGGUCAUACACAACACAUAAGAAAACCCACCAAAUAAUAUAUUGCAGAGUAAACUAAGCACAGACACACAGACAGGCAGACAGACAGACAGAUCCAAACAACACAACACUAGAGUAAACUCAAGACAUGAAACUACUACCACUCAAAUGGUUGAUUAAACUUUAAAAGUCACGUUGUCGCCGAACCUGGCUGGUUCGUUACAUUCGCAUUUCCAUUUCUUUGGCUUCUACAGGGUAUUUGUAACGGAGGAUGCAGGAGGAGGAGAAGGAAGCAGAAUAGAGCGAAAGAAGAAUAAACAAAACAUUGUAAACCAAUAGACGAGUAAAGCCUAGAAUAGUGUGCAAAUGUGUAACGAACAAAAACAAGAAGCGGAAAGCGAGCGCAAAGAAUAGGUAAAAAAAAUUGUAGAACUCAGCAAAACUAAACGUGUAAAAGGAGAUAAGCGAACAAAACAAGCACACACACACUAAAACAGUACAUUAGAGCAGAAAAGUGUUGUAGUUGUGAGUAUCUUUGUGUUUUCCACUUUCUCUUUCCUUUGUUUCAUUCCGUGACAUUGCAUAUCGUCAUUAGAUCACUCUUUGAGGUAUGUGGAAGUGAGAGAGAGUCUUAUCCGCUUAUCAAACGCCCCCAGGCAUAGGAAAUCCGUGUAAUUGUUUGUUCAUGUGUGUUUGUGAGUGUGUAAGAGAGGUGAAUCUCAGCAUAGAAAGUGAUCGAGGAGCUUUCUCUCUUAGUAUGACUGAUUCGACAUUAGUAGCAAGGAAAUGAGUGUGAGGAUGCGUGCGUGGUUUUAGCAACGAGAAGGACGAAAGUGUGCGAUCGUGUCGUGGGCAUGUGUAACAAUGAUUGUGGUGUGUCUGUGGGUUUUAAACGAGAAUGGGAAGGUUGAGUAACGACCAUGCGAAGUCCGAAAGGAUGCGGAACGGAAUAGGAAUAUUAGGUCUUAUAGACGCAAGCGAUUGCAGCAGGAGAACUACUAUGUAAUAGCUGUCGCUCCCACACGAUCACACACAGAUCACACAUACAUACACACACGAGCAAGGGGGUUGGGGAGGUGGGAGCAAAGGUUGAUGGAUGAAAUCUUAAAAGCAAUAUAGAAAGUGACGAGCGAAAAAGAAAACUGGUGGCAAGCGCCCCUGUAGUAAGCAGAUACUGGUAGUGUGUACUAAAAAACCUGUGGAAAAAAAAUACUACUAAAAACAAAAAUGUCACCGAACGCGUCAGAGCUCGGUCGUAAACGUUGUGAAACUGUAGAUGAAUUCUUGUUUUCUCUCCCAUCCCCUGUCAUUUCCCUUCCCUUUCUAACUAAAGCGUGAGCUAUUUUCCAAUCCUAAAACAAAAACAAAAAAAAAAACAAAAGAAUAUCUUCCAUCCAGAAAACCCUAAAGAAACAAAAUGUGUGAAAUGAUACAAAAAUGAGAAAAAAAAGGGUUCGUUUGCGUAUUUUCAACUAGGCAAAUGAAAGUUGUGCAAUCAAAGAGAAAAAAAAAACGAAAAGAGUGGAAGUAACUAACACAAAGCGAAAAAAGAAGAAGAAACAUUACGGAAAUCGUGACAUUGUAGAGUAGCUUGUAAGAGCAGCAAACUAGAGUUGAACAACAACAAAAAACGCACCUUCAUUAGGUGCAAAAGUGCUUCAUGGAUGGAUGAAUGUGUUUGUUUGAAACAGAUUUGUUUUACGUGUUAAGUUCAUCUUUAGCGACUAGAGACGACUACUCCCAUGCCUUCCGUAUCCGUUACUUUCCUCUAAAACACGUACACACACGCAUACAAAAAUCAUUCGGUAAAGUAUAGAAAGUGGAGCUACUCGCAUGAUAAUGCAAAAUGUGGAAAAGAAACCCUGCUCCUCCUCCUCCUCCUUCCCCAUCCUCCUUCCCCAGACACAAGUAGUGUUUAAGGCUAAUUGGUGACGCGCCUACUGUGAGUGUGUCGUCUUGCAUGCAUGUAAAACUUUGUAAAUAUAUUGUUUAGUGAUAAAAAGAAGGGAAUGAAAAAGAAAACAGGAAGAGUGAUGAUGAUGAUGCGAAAAGCGAUAAAAAAGAAGUUGUAAAGAAAACAGAGUGAAAAAAAAAACAAAGACGAAAACAUAACAAACGAUAAAGAAAAACGUCCGUGACUAAGGAAAGAAGUUAAAGAAAGAAGGAGACAAAUGAGAUAAAAACAAAAGCGAAAACAUUUGAACAUGAACGCAAGAAACAUGACAUUUUUUAAAACAUUGAACUGGAACACGGAGAUGAUCACACAUCUCCUUUCCGCUCCCCCCCCCCCCCUCCCCUCUUUUCGCGCGGGCCCUUUGAAGGAAAAGUCAUGGUGGGAAGAGGAGGGGUCGGUGAAACCGUUUUUUUUGUAAAUAUACCAAAAACUAAUUAUAACGCAAUAUUUGACGUGAGACGAAACACAUUAAAGCAGUGUGAAAGCUGUUGUGAAUUUAAAACGUGGAAGAGAACUGCAGAGUAAACAGAAGAACACAUUAGUAAGUGAGAAUUGUAGUAGCGAAAGAAGGAAAAAAAAUGAAGAAGGAAAGCAAAGAGAAAGAGAGAGAGAGGGAGAAAAAACACCGGAUCGAAACUCGAACGUAGUAGUUGUAGAAAGAAUUAAAGAAAGUUUAGCACAGAACAAGUAAAACUGUGCGUCAAGCACCCGCGUCACCUUGGCAGCGCUCAUUGGUGAACUGUGCGGGGUGUGUAUGUAGAUUUGAUUUUUUUUCUUCCCUGUGACUCGCUCUUUCUCUCUCCGUUUGCUGAUGGGAAAUUCUCAAAUGGAGAUAAGAUAACAACCACACACACACAAACAGACAAGCCAUAGGACGAAGGGCAAUGUUGUGUCGUGAAAAUUGUAUAAAUUUUACCUAAGGUAUAGUAGUGGAACGAAACGAAUUGGAGAAGCGCGAGCAAAAGCCGCGACAGUAGGAAACGUUGAAAAAAGCAAAGAGAAGAAGAAGAAAUCCACGUAAAAUAAGUUUAAACAAACAAAAGCAAAAGCAAAAGUAAAAGAAAAAAAGGCAAAAAAAAAUACACAAAUAGUAGCAAACAAAAUGUGAGAAUCGUUGUGGUGUAGAGAAAGUAAGAAGAGCAAACAAAAAGAUGCAGAACAAACGCGCAGAAAGGCAACACCGCGUUAAUAAUAACAUCAAACAGAACAGAGGAGUGAAAGUGAAACAAAACAAGCAAACAAACAAAAAAAACGCAAGCGCACGCUCACAUGUGAGCGGUGCGGCAAUAUUAUUACGAUUAUUCAUUAUUAUUAUUAUUCAUAAAACUAAUGAGGAAAAAUAAACAUAAAAAAUAAUAAAAAAAUAAA